AUGCCGCCAUCCUGGCUCCGCCCCAAGAGAAUGUUAUUUUUAACAAUAAAUUCGAGCUCAACUGGUAGAACAGCAAAAAUGCCUAGAGCAGCAAAUGGAGAUGCGAGUUCAGCUUCUCCAGGACCUGCAAGAUUUUUUCCAGAAAAAAGCCGAAAUUGAGACGGAAUAUUCUCGGAACCUAGAGAAGUUAGCAGAAAGGUUCAUGGUGAAGACAAGAAGCACGAAGGAUCAUCAGCAGUACAAGAAAGACCAGAACUUGUUGUCUCUGGUGAACUGCCUGUAUUUGCUCUUGAACCAAGUGAGGAGGGAAAACAGAGACCAUGUGACCCUGAGUGACAUCUAUCUGAACAACGUCAUCAUGCGGUUCAUGCAGAUCAGUGAGGAUUCCACCAGGAUGUUCAAAAAGAGCAAAGAGAUUGCAUUCCAACUUCAUGAGGAUUUAGUGAAGGUUCUUAACGAUCUGUAUACGGUAAGCACAUCCUCCUUCUUUU